GUUCAACCCGACCCGACACCACUAUCCCCUUCGCCUCCCCCACUCCCACCCGCGCUCCCGACCGAUCGAAGCUUCCCGCCGCGAUGUUGCCGUGCCGCCCGCUGGCGCCGCCACCGCCUCGUGCUCUCACCUUCGCGCGGGUCCCGCCGUCGUCGCUGCGGCCGCCGCCCUCGUCGCUGCGCGCGGUGCGGUGCAUGGCGAAGGAGCGGCGGGUGCGGAUGGUGGCAAAGCAGAUCCAGCGGGAGCUCGCCGACAUGCUCACGCGCGACCCCGUCCUGCAGCGCGCGGUCCUCCCCGAGGCCGCGCUCGGCGCCGACCGCUACCUCUCCUCCCUCACCACCAUCGCCGACGUCGAGCUCUCCAACGACCUCCAGGUGUGCAAGGUGUUCGUGUCCGUGUUUGGAGACGAGAGGGGGAAGAAGGUGGCCAUUGAGGGGCUCAAGGCCAAGACCAAGUAUGUCAGGAGCCAGAUAGGCAAGCGGAUGAAGCUGCGCCUCACGCCAGAGAUACGGUUCAUCGAGGAUGAGUCCAUGGAGCGUGGAAGCAGGAUCCUUGCUAUACUUGACAAACUAAAGGAGGAAAGGGAGCAACAAGAAGGAAAAGAUGGAGAGGAAGAUGCAGAAGGUUCAUAUAUAUCAGAAGAAGAAGAUGGUGACUGGGAUGCAGACGAGCCUGAUGAGGAGGACAUCAUUUAUGUAAAAUAGCCCAUGUUUUCUAGGAACUUGGUCAUCAUUCAUCCUACCUCAGAACACUGCAGGUGUGCUUCUAGAAACUGAAGUUGCGUGUUUAUGAGGCCUUUGACCAGUUCUCUUCGGAGUUCAAUCCAGUGAAGUAUGUCAGCAUUUGAAGGGCUUUGCAGAGCCACCUCUUUUGCCAAUUGAAGCAGGUCAUAUCACACCCCUGCUGCUGAUUAGAAGCUGGUCACAUCCUUUAUUCAUGGAUCAUCGAUGCGGAGGAUAUUUUAAAGAGGACUCCUGAAGAUAUAUAAUCAUUUUUCUGUCCACUGGAUCGUGAUAUCUGACCAUCAAUGCAAGAUAGUUUUGACUGAUGUGCAUUACGGUGUUAUGUUAACUAGCACUCGUAAUGUGUAUCUUUCUAGUUUUUUUUUCCCGAGCGUCUGACUAGUUAUCUUGCUGUGUUCCAGUCUCCAAUUUGUUCUAUAAUUUGGGUACAGUCUUUACCACUUUCUCUAAGACAUUAUGUAAUAGGGUAGCAUCAGUAUUAUUUAAUGAUAAAAGUGCACUUUCUCAUCUGAGCUAGUACAAGAAAAUGAUCUGGGCAAAGUUACAAA